UUCGCUGUGUCCAUUUCCCAAAAAAAUUGAUCAAUUUCAAAACCCUAGUUUCUCUAGUUUUUCCGCUGAUUUCUUCAAAGAAUGUUUCGUCCGCUGUACAAUACGUUGAUCCUAAAUAGGAUCAUGAAUGGAGGAGAUCAAAAUCCCCUUUCUCUAUGCUCAAAUCUUACAUCACUAAACCCUUCUUUUAAUCUUCUUCUUCGUAUCAGUGUUCGAUUUAUUUCUUCUUCUUCUUCUUCCUCUGUAGAUCACAUCCAUUCUACUUCUUCUUCUUCAUUUGUAGUUUCUUACUUGAUGAAUUCUUGUGGGUUAACAGAAAAAGAAGCUCUGUCUGCUUCUAAAAAAGUUAAUUUCAAAUCCACAUCAAAUCCAGACACUGUUCUUACUUGCUUUCAAGGUUACGGGUUCACUAAACCCGACAUCUCCAAACUCAUCAACAAGAACCCUGGAUUCCUUUCACUUAAUGCUCAUAAAACCCUCAAACCCAAACUUGAUUAUUUGAAUUCUAAAGAUAUCUCUAGACUUGAAGUUGUCAAGGUCUUAUCUACUAACCCUACAAUUCUUGGGAGAAGUUUAGAAAACCUUAUUGUCCCUUUAUUCGAUUCCAUCAAAAACAUUGUUGGUACUGACAAAUACGUGUUUGCCGUUUUUCGACGUUCAAUGGGACUAAGUGAUAAACUGAUGCUCAACAUACAGGUUUUAAGAGAUGAAGGUGUCCCUCAAUCAAGUAUUGUCAAGUUUCUGAUCAACGGACCGAGGACCCUUUUGAUAAGCACUGGUAAAUUUAAAGACAUUGUACAAGAAAUUAAGGGUAUGGGUUUCGAUCCUUACAAAAAUGCAUUUCUUAUUGCUAUUCAUGCAUUGGCAGCAAUGACUAAAUCGACUUGGGAAACUAAGUUGAAUGCUUACAGGAAAUGGGGUUGGUCAGAAGAUCAAAUUCAAUUUGCUUUCAUGUUGAAUCCUAUAUGUAUGAAGCACUCUGAGAAGAAGAUAUCGAUGAUAAUGGAUUACCUUGUGAAUCAAAUGGGUAUUAGUCCCUUGCUUAUUGCCAGAUGCCCAAAUGUUUUGAAUUAUAGCCUAGAGAAGAGGAUUAUACCAAGGUGUUCUGUUUAUCGAAGUUUAGUAUCUAAGGGUCUCGUUAAUAAGGACCGAAUUCGCAUAACUUCGCUUUUAUACAUGUCCGACAAGUCUUUCUUGGACAAGUUUGUGAUCAAGUAUGAGGAAGAAGCUCCUGAGCUAAUGAAGGAUUUGGUUGCUGUAAUGGAUGCAGAAGAUACUUGAUGGAUUAUCAGAAACCCAAGCAAAAUCCAGAAAAUACUUGAUGGAUUAUCAGAAACCCAAGCAAAAUCCGCUUCAAAGAAACUCUAUUUCAACACCACAUCAGUUCCAGACUCAAGUUCUUCCUUUCCUUGAAUCUUACGGGUUCACUAAUUCCACAUCACUAAACUAAUCACCAAGUAUCCAACAAUCCUUCUAUCUGAUUCUCACAGAAUCCUCAAGCCCAAAUUUGAUUAUUUAUUAUCUAGAGAUAUUACUGCUCUUGAACUUGCCAAUGUCUUAUCUACCAACACACUGAUUCUCUAUAGAAGUAUAGAAAGACAUUUCAUUCCUUUUUUCGAGUUCAUCAAGAAGAUUUUUGCUAAUGACAGAGAUGUAUUCCACAUUCUUCAACAUACUUGUAUUAGUAAAAUGAAGGUGUUGCUCAAUCAAAUAUUGUCAAAUAUUAAAUCAACCAACCGAGGACAUUUAUGAAGGAGACUGGAAAAUUUAAGGACAUUGUAGAAGAGAUUAAGUUUAUGAGUUUUGAUCCUUACAAAUAUGCGUUUGCAGCAUUUCUUAGUGCUAUUCAUGUAAUUGCAGCAAUGAGUAUAUCGACAUGGGGAAAAAAGUUGAAUGCUUAUAAGAAAUGGGGUUGGUCAGAAGAACAAUUUCAGUUUGCAUUUAUGUUGAAUCCUAUAUGUAUGAUGCACUCGGAGCAGAAGAUAUCGGGGACUAUGGAUUACCUUGUGAACCAAAUGGGGGUUAUUUAUUGCUUAUUGCUAGCUACCCGGUGAUUUUGAAUUAUAGCUUGGAGAAGAGGAUCAUGCGUACAUGUUCUGUUUAUGAGGGUCUCAUUAAUAAGGAUGAAAUUCGCAUAUCUUCGAUUUUAUACAUGUCCAAGGAGUAUUUUUUGGAUAAGUUUGUGAUCAAAUACGAGGAAAAAGCUCCGGAGCUAGUGAAGGAUUUGGCUGCUGUAAUAGAUGCAGUAGAGCAUUUUCAGAAUCCCAAGCAAAUUCCGCAUCGAAGAAUCUCCAUUUUAACACCACAUUGCCACCGCGUAGAACAAUUCAUCAUUGCAAGAGGCUCGUUACAGCUAUGGAUGCCGUGUUUGGUAUGAGUACUUGCAUGGAAAGAACAUUAUUCAUUUUGAUUUAAAGAGUCAGAAUGUUUCAGUUAAUAUGAGAGAUCCUCAUAGACCUGAUCACCUGUUUGCAAGGGAAGCUUUCUUUCACGGCUAAAAGAGGGAAAACAAGCGUUGUGAUGUUUGUUGGUUCACAAAAUACGGUUACUUUUUCCGUUCCUUAAUGUUUCCUUCCAUAUUUUAUUGAUCAAUGGGCUAGUGGAUGUAGAUUUUGUCACUUUCUUUUUUCCUACUCAAUUUUAUGUCACUUUCUCAUUCACAUAGUGAUUUGGUUUAUC